AUGUGGGGUUCAUUUUUCUCUGGUGGAAAAGAUCCAUUAAAAGAUCUUGGUUAUGAAGUUCUUUCGGACAGUCAAACAACAACCAGUAAUCCACGUUCGAUAUGGACAAUAUUAAAUGGAAAGAAAAAAACAACAGGAGAUUUAGUCACAAUUUUUUCAUGUCAAAAUGAAAGUCAUAUUCAUUUAGCUAAAGCAGCAUUAAAACGUAUGAAAACAUUACGACAUCCAAAUGUUCUUGUUUAUCUUGAUGGUGUUGAAUCAGAUAAAGCUGUUUAUGUUGUAACAGAAAAAGCUGUAUCACUUGAAACAUAUUUAAAUGAAUUAAAACAAAAUGAAACAAAUUUUAAUUCAGAAAAUUUACUUGAAAUAGCUUGGGGUCUACAACAAUUAUGUCGUGUGUUAACAUUUCUUCAUGAUGAUUGUAAAUUAUCACAUGGAAAUAUUAAUACAAGUACAGUAUUUGUAGAUACAAAAUCUUGUGAUUGGAAAUUAGCAUGUUUGGAAUUUGUGCAAUCGAUUACUGAAGAACAAAUUAAUGUUCCAUCGAGAUUUUUACCAGCUUGUCAACGUUAUGAACCACCAGCUGGACCAAACAAAAAAGGAGGCGAUAGUCAAAAAGCACGUGAUAUUUGGUUUGUUGGAACAUUAAUAUGGGAAAUAUUCAAUGGUAAUGGUGCUACUUCUGCUUCAUCCUAUCGUCAAUUAGGUUCUAUACCACGUCCAUUAUCUGCUGCUUAUGGUGAAUUAAUAAAUUCCAAUCCAUCACUUCGUUGUUCACUGGAUAAAUUCUGUCAAUCUCCUUUUAUUCAAAAUAAUUCAUUAGUUGAAAGUCUUCUAUUUCUCGAACAAAUUCAAUUAAAAGAUCCAGGAGAAAAACAAACAUUUUUUAAUUCAUUAGCCGAUAAAGUCGAUCAAUUUCCUUCACAUAUUAAUGAACGUAAAUUAUUACCAUUAUUAUUUACUGCAUAUGAAUUUGGUUCAUCGGGUUCAGCUGUUUUACCAACAUUGUUUAAAUUAGGAAAACGACUUUCGGAUAAUGAUUAUAAAAAACGUAUUGUUCCUAUUAUUACGAAAUUAUUUGCUUCAACAGAUCGAAUGACUCGUUUUCGACUUUUACAACAAUUACGUGCUCGUCUACUUAUAUCUGCAUUUGGUCGUGGUACACAAGAUCCAUUUGGACCAUCUCGACAAGCAUCCAUUUAUGCACUUAAUCAUUCCGAACGUUUUUUUACGUUAAAAGAUAUUGCUACAAAAAUUUUACCAAUCGUGUGUCAUGCUACAAUUGAUCCUGAACUUGAUGUUCGACAACAAGCAUUUAAAACCAUUCAAGUAUUUAUUAAAAAAUUAGAAACUGUUUCUGAAAAACCAGAAUUAGCGAUUGAAAUGGAAAAAGAAGUUAAUUCAACUAACGUUGGUGGAACAGCAGCAAAUGAAACAUCAUGGACAUCAUGGGCUUUAACAUCACUUUCAAGUAAUAUUGGUAAAUUGACAACAAAACCACAGCAACCAUCCGUUAAUUUAACGUUAGCAAAAAGUGAUUCAGGAACGACUUUAGCAAAAAAUGAUUCACAAAAUACUUUAGCAAAUACUUCGACAACACCCAAAGGACAUACAAGUCAUGAACAAUCACCUGUAAAAACAAGUGUACCAACUAAAUUACAGACUAGAGCUGAAAAAGAAGAACAAAGCCGUCAAUCGACAGCAUUAGCUUCAUAUUUUAAUAAAACAAAUGAUGAUGAUGUUAUUGAUGAUGAUGAAGAAGAUAAAACACCAUGGGAUGAUAUGAAAUCAAAUGAUUGGGGUGAUACACAAGAAAUUAAUGAUGAUUUUUCUAAACCAUCUGCACCAGCACCAUCAUCAUCAUCACUAUCAUUUCAAUCAACAACAGUCAAAUCUUCUAGUGCUAUAAACGCUGCUUCAUGGUCACAGGAUAAACCGGCAAGUCAAACAAAGAACGAUUGGGAUACUGAUGCUUUUUUUAAUGAUGUUCUUACAAGUUCAACUAAACCAAAAUUAAAAACAACUCGACGUUAG